CUGCCGUUAGUCGCUGCUUCCACUUCUUUGAUUUAACAUCCAACCACCUUUCGGUGAUCUUCAGUCGUGCGUCCGCAGCUUCAAUGCGAAGAACAGCAAAUUUGGACCGAAUCUGGGUAGCGAAGAACGCGCUUGGCCCGCUCGCGAACCGGAUCUAGUGCACCGCGACCAUCCAGUGAACCCGUUCGGGUUGGGACUUUGGCGGCUGUUUCUUCCGGAUGUGGCGCGUGCCAAACAAGUGCCCGAUCAUGGCCAACUAGAGCGAGGGAAUCAGUGCGGAAACUGGUCGCGUUUUUUUCGACCAGAGCGAUGCGAGUUCCGGCUGCAAGUCGACGAGGAUGUUCAAGGGUGUCCACUAUAAGGCGGCCUCAUCAGACGGAUGUCCAUCGCCGCGAAUUUCGUCCCCUGAAAGCCACUGUGCGCUAACCAGCCCCCUUUCAAUCGCCUCCGACCCUGGAAUGUCUUCGCAACCCUACACGCCCAACUACUACAGCAAACAGCCGCAAUCGUGGGGCAGCCACGAGUUCUACGGGGAAAACAACAACAUCUACAACAAGUACGACAGCUACAAGUACAAUUCGACGCGGGACGACUCUUCGUCGUUCAAAACGCAGCAGCAGGACUUCUACAAGACGAGCUAUGACUCCAAGUACAAGAAGGACAGUGGCAAGAAGCCGCCCACAGCGCCCGUCGGCAUGGAAGUGAUGAAGAAGCGCCGAUUGGCGGCGAACGCCCGCGAACGCCGACGAAUGAACAGCCUCAAUGAGGCGUUUGAUAAGCUGCGUGAUCAUGUGCCCAGCUUGGGCAACGACAGGAAAUUGAGCAAGUUUGAGACGCUCCAAAUGGCCCAGCAGUACAUUGCGGCCCUGCACGAGCUCCUCCAAAGAGACUAAGCGGGCGGUCGAAAGAGGCAGCGAAAUGUGAGACACUCGACUCAAAUCUGAGACACUCGACUGAUCCAAGUGGACGUUAAUGCGUUUAGCUAAAAGGCCGUGCAGCUGAUAAACAGCCUCGAUUGAUUGUUUGCUUUGCAAAGUCGACGAUGGGCAUUCUUGGCCGAUUCGCGGCGCUUUCUCACCAUUUAUUCAUCAAAUGCUCAGAUCGCUCAGAAAAUACCUUUCCAAUCUGCUCUCAAAGAAACUCGCAGCCAAAUUCGCGAGUUUCCAGAAGGCAACAUACAGGGUGUUUGGUGAGUCCAUGCCUACGUAUCACAUUCCGAAAAAACACUUUCCGACUGCAAUUCAAAAUAAUCAGGAAUUGUUACGGAGAACAAAUCGAAGCACCCUGUAUUUUGUUUGCACUGAAAACGGGAUCUGAAUCGUUGUAACAACAGAAGCGUUUUAUAGAGUUGCCGACGUUUCGCCAUAUUUAUUUGGGCAUCCUCAGGGCAUAACUGACUAGCAAUAACAUGGUUUAAAAAAAACUGUCCACCGAAACCGAUGUAGAAUAUCUGAAGGCAUCAGCAAAUAGAUUUCGUCAAUUCACAUUAAAAGUGGUGUUCGCUUUUUUGGCAAACAUUUCAGUAAAAAAGUUAUUACGAUUUUUUCCAAUUUCAUGCAAAAUUCAGGCAAAAAAUCAUUCUUAUUGACUGAAAUGGUAGAAGUGCAAGAAACAAUCACACUAGGCCUGGGUAACUCAGUGAAAUUUUAAGAGUUGGCGCAAUGUUUUUCAGAUUAUUGGUGUUAAAAUACUGACAAUCUUAAGGUAUUUUCUGCGAAAAACUUAAAAAUACAUUUUAUUAGAAUACUCGCCUCCUUCAUCGCUUUGUGAAAAGUUUUGAAAUACGUUUUCAGCUUCGAAUUUGGUGCCAAAAUUCUAACAAUUUUUUUUCAAAAAGCGA